AUGAACCACUCGCCGUGGGACCACAUCACUGUCGCGGACCUCGUGAUGCCGUGGUUUCUGUUCAUGGUCGGGGCCUCCAUGGCGCUGUCCCUGGGGCGCUUUAAGGGAGACCGGCGGCUGCGGCUGCAGGGGACGACGACGGUCUGCGUGCGCAGCCUCAAGCUCUUCGCGCUGGGGCUGCUGCUUCAGGGCGGCGGGUGGAUUGGCGACUACCAGUACGGCUACAAUCUGCGUACGAUGAGACUCUGUGGGAUCUUGCAGCGCAUUGCAUGGGCUUUCCUGGUUGCUGCCCUGAUCGAGCUGUGGGUCCCAGAGCUGAGGCCGCCGCCAGGGCGCCGUCCCGCCCUCGCAGUCUUCAGCAGGCACCUCCUGCAGUGGGCCGUGGCGUUGUUGUUCGUCGUGCUCCACCUUGCGCUGACCUUUGGCACCUACGUGCCCAGCUGGACCUCGCGGUACGGCUGGGAUGCGGCUGCAGGGUACCCAUCGCUGUUGCGGGAGCCCUUCGAGAUAGCCUGCGAGGUGCGGGGUGCGAUCGCCACGCCCGAGUGUAGCGCCGCGGGCUACUACGACCGGCUGCUCUUCGGCCAGGACCGCCUGGGGGUCUGGAUGAGCGCCAGGAUGCCGCAGUGCUCCUCCUGCUCGCCUGGCAGCUGCCCCUACCCAGCGCCCACCACCCCGACGGCCGACGCCGGCAGCGAGCACCCGGGCCGCGGUGCGGCGCCCUGGUGCUACGCCCACAGGGUUGCUGCUCAUAUCAUGUGGCGUCUUGGGUUCCUCUGCACCGUCUACGACCCGGAGGGGGCGCUGGCGUCCCUGCCCGCGGUCACGAGCGUGUGGCUCGGCGCGCACUACGCCCGCGCGCUGCGCCGCGAGCACCCUUCGGGGUCGCCGAACCUCCUCUGCACCGCCGGCAGCUGCGGCGGCGCACUGGCGCUCGUGUACGCGGCGGUCGACGCGGGCGGGCCCUGCGAGCAGCCUGCGGCCGGCUGCCCCUCCGCGCGGGGGGCCGGCGGCUGCAGCCGGGGGCGCGCGCGCCAGUGGGCCAGGCUGGUCCUGUUCCCGCUGCAGGCGCUGCUCGCGGCCGCCUACGUGGCGCCGCCCCUCGCGGGCGCGGCGGCGGCCGCCCGAGGCGCGGAGGCGGAGCGGGAGCGCGGGGCGCUGGUGGGCACCAAGGGGUGGAUCCACGAGGGGGCGCUGGGCUUCAUCUCGGACGCCGCCGCGAGGCAGCUGGUGUUCGUGCUCCUCAAGGCCGCCCGCCGCCGCUGCCGCCUCUCGGAGGAGGCAGUUCAGUUCUCGGGGGUGGACGGGGCGCGCGGCCGCGGAGAGCCGCCCCCGGCCGGCCCGCUGCCGGGCGCCCCGGCGCCGGUGCCAGCGGCGAGCGCCAGGCGGCAGCCGCGAGCGCCAGCCGCCGGCCGCGAGCCGCUGCCGGAGCCCCACCGCGCCCUGCGCGAGGCGGGCGCCGAGCUGCCGCCGCUGCCGGGAGCCGAUAUUCACGGAGAUCCAGCCCCGGGCAGGCCCGUGGAUGCCAGGCAGCGGUUCCUCUCUCCAGGCGGCGGCGCCGCCGCCGCCAGGUCCGUCGGCGAGCCCGUAGCGUCUGGCGAUGUGCUGGACCGGCUGCGGGCGAUGCAGCAGUCCGAGCGGGUGGAGAUGGGCCCAGAGCGGCACUGGGGCGAUUCGGAGCGCCUGGCCCGCGACGUCCUGGAGGGCUGGUCGCGGGCGGCCGCCGGCGGGGCCGGCGCCGCCGAGGAAGCCAGGGCGGCCGUGGAAGGGCAGCUGGGGGAGGCGCGCCUCCCCCUCUUGCGACCCGCCCGAUGCGGCCUCGGCUUCGGCUGGUCCGAGGAGGUUCGGUUCCGGUGUUCCGACACUCCUCAGAAGAGGAGCAGGUGA